AGUGCAGUACUGUUUGGUGACAGUGUCUAACCCUGUUUCUCUUCCAUUCACAGGUGCAGUGUGUGUAAAAGAGCAUUGGGUCUCCUGGACACUACCAUUGCUGCACACCAGUUUAACAACCCAAAACAUUAUGAUAACAGCCACCACUUUAUGCAAGUGAAAUAUGGCAGCUGGACUCGAAAAAGCAUGCCACAGGUGCAUUUCUAAGAUUGCCAGCAAUGCAGGUCUUAUUUUUGGACUUCUGGCCAUUCUUGCCCUUCCUCUUACCAUGGCCUUUGUAGGAAUGAAAUAUUUGGAAGACUGCCCAGUCCAGCCUCUGAUUCCUUUGUAUUUGUUAGUGGGAGGCAUUAUUGGAACAUUAAAGGUGACUGUUCUUCUUUAUGACUCAACGAGAAUGAGGUCACUACUUUCCAAAUCAGUAAUCAUAGCUGAUGAUGAUGAUGAUGAAUAUCCAUGGCGACAGAAUGCACACAAAUACUACAUUCAUGUCACUCUUAGCGUAUUCUUAUUUAUCUGGUUCAUACUAGGUAACUACUGGGUGUUCUCUGUCCUUCUCCCCAACUUUAUUCCACCAUUUCAUCAGCCACAUAAUUAUUGUGAUAAAACUCUGUACAUUUUUGCUGUCUGUGUCCUCAUCAUCAGCCAUACUGUACUUUUCCUUCUUCUCAUAUGCACUUGUUGUCUUUUCUGUUGCUCUAAAACAAGGAGCACUGCUGAAUAUGACUGAUCAUCACCCCUGCUUCUUGGGCCAAUGUUUGGAAUAUGGCUAAACUUACAAAAGAAAUAUCAUCAGCCCUUCGUUUGUUAUUGUCCAGUAUUACACAGUGUACAGUAGUAUA